AAAAUUAUCAUAUUUUGCGUAUCCAGUAGUCUAUUAAAUGUGCAUAUCCACGUGUAUUAUACAGUAGCAAUUUAAUUAGGAUUUUCAGACAUUUUUUAAAGAUUGUGUGAUACUUAAAAAUAUUCCAAAAUAACUAAGUAACUUUAAAAUAAUAAUAAUAAUAAUAAUAAUUUUGUUAAAAUUAAGAGAAAAUCAAACCGUUUGGUUUUUUGUUUUUUCUUACAAAAAAAAAAAACACUAAGAUCAAGUAAUUUUGGUUGAGAUGUUGCCAUGAAAGUACAAGAAUGGCAAGUAACGGAAACAACGUCGAAAAAACUACAUUUCCCAUCGCGCUCUUGCAAUACCUCCGCAAACCAGUGGGGGCGCCGCUGCAUCAUUCUCCGUUUUAAAUAGCCCUUUCCUGCUCGUGUUUUGUUGAGUGCGUGGUGUGUGCAUGAGGGAGUGAGAGAGAAAACGUGGUCACGGAGAAGGCUAGCAUUUUAGCUAGUUUGCGAGUGUGAAUGAAGUGUAUUACAGGCUCAAAUAUUUAGUAUUAUUUAUUUUUGUAUGUAGUCAAGUUUGCAACAAACGGACAAGGUGCAGAGACACUAUUUGAUUAAGGCAGCUGGCUGAAUUUGUGAUUGCACUAGUGUUGAAAAUGUCCAUGGGCAGUCAGACCACCAGUCAGGCAAUUCCGACCACCAGACGAGUCACAAUCAACGAUGCGGCCCAUAUGCCUCACGAUUACUCUACAACGCCCGGAGGGACCCUCUUCAGCACGACUCCUGGAGGCACCCGGAUCAUCUAUGACCGUAAGUUCCUGCUGGACUGUCGCAGCUCCCCGCUGGCCCGAACACCGCCCUGCUGCCUCCCUGACAUUCCGGGGGUGACCAGUCCUCCUACGGUCACCAUGAAAAAUGACAAGGCCUACCCCAAACAGACUGUCAAUAAUAACAGCAUCAGCCCCCUGGUGGACAAGAGCGCAGGGGAUGAUGCCCAGUUUGAAAUGGAUAUCUAACUACAACAGGGGACCUGCUACACGGAGGCGAUGACUGUAACAAGUAUUACUGUGAUGAUAACUGUUCCCUGAGAGGAUAAAUGCACAGAAGACUUCUC